CGCGGCUCUUCCGAGUAGUAACAAAGCCGGCUGAGCGGGGACCACGGCUCCGUCUUCCGAACGCAUCCCCGAGAAAGGACAAAGAGAGAACAGAGAACAUAUGAACCAUGAAUCAUCUGUUUUUGUUAUCAGUCAUUUGGACAUUUUGGUGAUGAUGGAUGGAUAGAUUGAGACUAGAGCUGUAAGCCAGCUUGGCAGCUGGAAGACUUCUCAGGAAGUGAGGUUUGGACCAGAUGACCUCCAGAGAUUCCUUCCAACCUAAGUUCUGUGAUUCUGUCACUCGAACACAGGAAUUAGUGAAGCAUGUUCCAUGGUCUCCACUGCACAGAAGUUUUUUUCCUGUCUGGAGAAGAAUAAGAAUUUCUUUCAUUCCCUGCAAGUGAACCUUUGCAAGAAGUUCUUUUUCUUGAAAAAUGGAUGCCUGGCUCAGAGUAAAGGACACACAGUGCACAAUCCCUAGCAGAAGCUGAAAAAGGAUGAUGCUUACUGAUGUUUUUCAACAAUGUCAUCUCCUCUUUUCCUGUUUGAGAUGGAUGAUAUGAUCACCAGGAAAAAGCUCUAAAAUAAACCCAAGUGACCUCUUUGUCUGUUGACUCCUCUUUCUGCAAUUCUAAAAAACAUCAGAAAAAAUGACCAGUCAACUACCAGAGGAGUCUGUGGAGACCCAGAGCUCAGAUGAGCUUGAGUGCAAGAUCUGUUACAACCGCUACAACCUGCGACAAAGAAAACCAAAAGUGCUGGAGUGUUGUCACAGAGUAUGUGCCAAAUGCCUUUGCAAGAUAAUAGACUUCGGUGAUUCCCCGCAAGGAGUCAUAGUAUGCCCAUUUUGCAGGUUUGAAACGUGCCUGCCAGACGAUGAGGUUAGUAGUCUUCCUGAUGACAACAACAUCCUUCUGAAUUUAGCUUGUGGGGGAAAGGGAAAGAAGUGCCUACCAGACAACCCAACAGAACUGUUGCUGACUCCCAAAAGGUUGGCAUCUCUGGUUAGCCCUUCUCACACCUCUUCUAAUUGCCUGGUUAUUACAAUCAUGGAAGUACAAAGAGAAAGUCCCCAGACUCUGAACUCAACCCCGGUGGUCGAAUUUUACAGGCCUACGAGUUUUGACUCUGUUGCAACUGUGUCCCACAACUGGACAGUGUGGAACUGCACAUCUUUGCUCUUCCAGACUUCAAUUCGGGUGCUAGUGUGGUUGCUAGGGUUGCUGUACUUUAGUUCCUUGCCUUUAGGGAUUUAUUUACUGGUAUCUAAGAAGGUAACCCUUGGGGUUGUCUUUGUAAGCCUUGUUCCUUCGAGCCUUGUUAUUCUCAUGGUUUAUGGCUUUUGUCAGUGUGUUUGCCAUGAAGUUCUAGACUGCAUGUCAUCUUGAUAACAAAUACAGUAAAAUAAGGUGUAUUGCCACAUGUGUAGCAUAGUUGAUUUAUCCUGUCUUUGUAUUCUUAUUUAUUCUUAUUGUUGUACAUCCCACUAAAUGGAAGCAGUGUCCCUAGUUAUAUGGUCCUUUUUUUCUACUUAAUUUUAUUCCCACUCUCUUUUUUUUUAAUCUAAAUAAUGGUAAUAAAAUUUACAUGCUGAUUGUAAAAGGCCAAGUUGUAGAAAGAGAUAAAGCAAACUUGCCAAACUCGGUGCCUGCUGCUACUGCCACUAGUCAAAUGAGUAGACCUUUGGCUUUCUAUGUACCUGAUCAUGUCAGUCAAGGCUGUGGGAUCCACCCUCAAAGAAAUUAGUAUAACAGGCACCUUGCAGGUCGAAUUACGACAUCUCUUCAUCCGAAGCAUGAGAUGUUUUGGAAUAUCUGCUGGUUUUCACUCAUUUUCAUUUAUAGCAAAUUACAUUGCUUUCUUAAUAUAAGAAGAAUAACACAAGCUACUAUUGCUUUUUUUCAGUUCUUGUCAUAGCAAAAAUAUUUGUGGGAGGCCAACGGUUAUAUAUUUUUUGCGUUCUGUAAUGUGAGGAAUCUUUUUCUCACCGUGCUAAAAAUGUCUCCAAAACACUUUCCCGAAACAGAAGUCCACCUUACUUGUCAUAUAGUAGCAGCUUCCUCUAAGAUGCUCCUGCUAAUGAGUACUUCCAGGAACCCAGCCACACCAGGGUUCAGAGCUCUGCAGAUUUCUCUAGCUGUGUUCUGUUAUGCUUAACCCUCCCUCCCAGCAUUUCCACCAGCAUACCACGUUUCCAACCCAAUAGUCCUCCAACAAAUUUCCUGACUAACUUCAUGCACAUCUACUUUGUGGUAGCUACAGUGGAGGAUUUGGCUUAUGUGACUUUACCUAUCAAGACAGACUUUUAUUCCCAACCAUUAGCAAUAGGACCUUCAAUCACUAAGAUGAAUUUCAGAAAAAAUCUGAAAUUGUUAACUGUUGAGGUCUCUUUUUCUUUCUGAGUUCACAGAAUGAACAUUGAAAGUAGGUGCUAUAACUUUGAGAAGGUUUCUGUUUAAUGCAUAGUCCUUCAAAAUGUUUAAUACCCUGAACUCCUUCUGUCACUAUUGUGAGUUGAUAGCACUCUAGAUGUGGCAAUUACCAUGUCUUGAUUAGCUGACUUCAGGGGAAUUACUGAUGAUUUGCCAUUCCACAAAUAGAAUCAGGUCCUGUAAGGCCUGUUGGAUGGUUUAGGCUAAGUUCUGAACUACUGGAAGAGCACAAAAAUAAGAAAUAUUUAAUGUUUAUGUGUGUAACUAGGUCUAGUCAACACCACAGCUGCAAAAUCCUUUUCCUGUGCACAGCAGGGUAAAAAAAGUGAGCAAUGCAAGUAUGGGGUUUGGGUCAGGUAAAACAGUAAUUUUAAGGCAGUGUAAGAGGGAGAGGGGUUUGUUGCAUGAAGACUGAAUAUAUGGCCUAACAAUAUAUUCUUAGAGCAAACUGACUUUGGUAAGAAUGAAAAAUGCCAAUAGGGAAAAGUAUGUGGUUGCUGUGUUUGUAAAUAGGAUUUGAAGUCAAACUGGCCCAGUUUCUGUAGAUUGCUCAGGUGAUAUCUAGUUUCAUUCCUAUUGCAAGCUUAGGGAGAAAUGUUGAAAGGUAAAGGUCCUGCUUUUCUUGACACUCAUUUUAUGAUAGUGCAUAUAUAUGUGUGUAUAUGUACAUAUAGACACAUACAUAAGAAGAAAACAUAGUGAAAUUAUAGUUUUCAAGUGUAUGGAGUUAUGGAGCUACGUACUGAAUGAUUAAAGGAAUGUUUCAGACUUUUCUGUAAUGACUUUAUAAGAAUUAUAACUAAAACAUUUUCAGAAUUCCUAGAAAUUACUGUUCCAAAAUAAUUGUUUUUAAUGUUUGUGAUAAAGCACAUAUAGUUAGAAGAGGUAUCAUCUCCAGUUCUGGUAUACUGCAAGGUUUGACGCUUCUAUGAACUCAUAAAUUUUAAGUAUCCAACAACAAUCAUGUCAAAAAGCAAGAAAAAUAGAAAUGUAUGUGGUUUUAUAGUAUCUCAUAACUUUGGGAAAAGAUGUAUUUGUAGUGUUAGGGAUUUAUAUGUUUUGGGAUUUGUUCAAAUUGUCUGAAUAUAGUGUCUCUAAUAAAGGGCUACCUAACAGAGGAAGUAGGUUUUGCAAAUGUGUGACAUAUAUGUAUUGUCUGUGCACAACAUGUCUAUAGUGCUACUUGCUGUGUUUUCCUUUUGGUUUUCUCGUAAUGAAGAUUGUCGUAGCUGCAGCACCUGUUAUUUUGUACACUGUUUUAAAGCAGUGCCUAAUCUUCGCAGGAUUACUGCGGCAUCAGUCACACAUCACAGCACAAAUAAAUACACCUGUUAUUAUACUUCACUACUUUUAAGACUGACAGACCAUUAAAUUUAUGCUGCUAUUUUAGACUGUGCUGCGAUACUAAUGCACUCAAAAAUGCGAGCAUGGAAAAACGUAUUGGUUGUAUAGCCAUUCUGCUGCUCAGCCAGAGCACAUUAUUACAGCUUUGGUAUCAUGAAAAUCCUAUAUAUCUUAUAAUAUGGCCAUUGAGAAUUGCUAGGAGGUCUAAAUCUCAAUUAUUUGUGGAGAAGAUGUUUGUUGUGUGACUGAGACUAGAAGAACUUCAGAUAUUACUCUUUCAUUAUCCUUAUUCUCCACCAUCCCUAAAACUUAGAACUGAAAACUCGUGCCCUCUGCAGUGGAAUAACUCUGCGGAAAUCAGUGUAAAUGGGGCUAGAAUCAAGUCCUGCAUACCUUCCUGCCUGAAUUUCCUUCCCUUUCUGUGACUUUUUUCUGUCCUUGGAGAGUAAUGGCUCUUGCAGUCAUAAAAUACUGCCUGCAAUUCCUUUUCAGUAGAAUUUUAUUCCUGCUUUGCCUGGAGAUGUGCCUCAACUGGGUACAGAGUGUUAUAAAUUCGUUACUACAAGAUUAGUGUAGUCCAAAUGAGAUUUACUUUUUUUUGUUGCUUUUAACUCCUGCUUAUCCUAUGGAUGUGGACUGUAUCCUCACCUUGCACUAUAAUUCAGUGGUAUCCUUUGAGAAUCAGAAUGAUGCAGUAGUAGUUGUUGGGCACAACACAGGAAGGAUGUGCUGAGCUGGACCGUACUCUGAGCAGGAGUCAGUCAGGGGUGAAGCUCUCCUACAAGCAUGGCCUGAGCCCACAGUCUAAAGGGGAAUUAAUAGAGGGUGGGUUACGUGGAAAGCAGGGCUUGUGGAUUCAUAAACAGAAUGUGAGAGUGAAUUGUGGCUGAGAAGUUGCAGAGAGCAGAGAGGAGGUUCACAGGAAGGUGGAUGGUGUUGUGUUUGAGGCAGUUCCUUUUAUUAGGGUACAGAACCACUGUUUUUCCUAAUUCUAACCAUUUCCAGGGUGUGAUUCAAUUCAUUUUCCCCCAUUACUUUUGUGCCUCCUCUGCUGGGACAAGGCUUUGUGGAACAGUAAACAGUAUUUAGAAAUGAAAGAACAUUUUCUACUACAGUGAGUUUGCAGCUCAGUCCAGCACAACCAGAUUACUACUUGAAAAGAUGGCAAAUUGCAGUCAAGACGUGAGCGAGAACAGGAUGCGGAGGGGAAAUGGCAGCAGGUUGUUAAAAUAGUUUUUAUGUAAAAAAAAGGAAAACACCUGGCUACAUCCUGCCUUGUCUUGGGUAGUUCAAAAUUAAUGAGAGGCUGUCCUAAGCUUGAGGACCCCCGUGACUCGACACCGUCCUCUGUGUAACCUCUGUGACAGUUCACUUUGAGUGUGCAUCUCGAUUUUAUGUGUAGCAAUUGUACGUCAUGAUUUAAUCUUCCUGUGUGGAUGAUGGCUGUAGUGAAAAGUCCACUGUGUUUCACUCUUAAACAGGUUCAUUUCAAAUGCCCUAAGAUUUCUCAGGAUUUUUUUCUUCAUAUUCCUACAAAAGCAAGACAGUGUGCUGUUUUUUAAGUAGAACAGUGCCUUCAAGGGAAGAAAAUGGGUAGAAGAACUGAGAAUUUUUUAAUCACUUUAAGAUAUUCAAAGCAAUGGAAAGAGACUGUUCUGAGAGUCUACUUUUACUUUCAUACUAAAAGAUUAGAUGUUAUCCUUUGAGUGACAUCAGUAAAUAUUUAGUCCUGGAGACUCCUGAGGGAGUUUGUAAGUCUGCCAGAGCUUAGGCACAAACCCCAUGCUCCACUGCUUUUCUGUAAAGCACCAUUCUGCCUUUUGCGUCGGCUCCCGGUGUCAAAAGUUGAACCGCCACAGCUUAUAAAGAGUUCUGGCAUAGAGAAUAAAUCCCCAGCCUGGGGAUGGUACAUCAUCUUUUUAGAGACGUGUGUGGCAGCAGCAGAGCUUUCAGUGCUAGAUGUUCAACAAAGAGAAGUCAUCUUGCAGUCUGAAUUGCUAGCAUAAAUUUAAUCUUAAAUCAAGUUUCAUUGUGUUGAGCAACACUAUAACUAGAAGUCCUUUCAUUGUAUUUCUGCCUCUUUUUUGUGUUACACAAAUGUGGUUUGCAUUUAAAAAAAAUAUUAAAUCACAGAAACCAGAGAUGGGUAGAAAAAAAAGCCUAAUAAGUAAUUGUAUUCAUUUCCUCUGCCCCUGUUGAGAUGAAUGCUUUGUUUGGUCUGGUUUUAAAUAUCUCGGGUGAUGAGGCCUCUACCUUUUCCCACAAGGAACUUUUCAGCUGUUUAAUAGGCAUCUUUGCUAGGAAACAUUUUCUUUGUACUUAUCCCAUUUUUUUCUUCUGCAUAAUGUAAUCCCUUUAUUCUGUGCCUACUGUUCUAACUUUUAUGAAAUCUAGGAAAUGUGUCUUAUUUAUCCAUUUCAUACUGUAGCUGAAUGAUUCAUAACCUUUGUUGUUCAAGUAAUGCAAGAGAUAAGCAACCAGCUAAUACUUCACUGAGAUGGUGUGCCAUGUACCCAUAGACAUAUUUCCUGGCAAGUCUUGGCUGACACUUCUUUCUGCAUUAGGGAGUGAAAAAUGUCAAGUGAAACUGAAGAGAUACAUCUUCCUAAGCACAUGCGUGGCAAUAUUACUGAAAUUUCAAGAGGUGCCGAGGCAAACAGCGUACUUCUUUAGACAGAGUUUUUCUUUCUGAAAGUCGAUGAUUUUGAUAAAAGUCCGCUUUUUAGAAGUGUUUCAAUGUCCUUUUCAUAAGCAAACCUCUGUGUAAGAACCACACUGUGUCAAAACUCUUAACUUGUUGAGAGACAAGGCUGGAUUGAUUGCUACUCACUGCAGAGCAGUUUUUGCUGACAGCUUAGCUCAGAAGAAAAAUUUAAUCCAGCGUUAAGGAGAAGAGUUUGAAAAGAUGCCUUUGCAACUGUGUCACUGAAUUCCGAUCUGUGCAUGAAAAAGUGACUGAUGUCUUGACAACUGAAACAGUGCAUUGCCAAUUUAAUUACAACACAUUAGAUAGUCCUCUGCCUUUCUCAGAUGACAAGAAACAGCAGCCUGACCUUAGGUAGGCAGAGGGACUUCACAUGAUUUUGCAUUCAAAAGAUGCUUAAAGAAGUGGUACUGCGCUUUGUAAGAGAAAGCUGAGACUGGAUCAGGUGGAUAAUCUGCUGGCUCGAGAAGGGUCUCUCUAACAAUGAGCGUGGUGGAUGCAUGUGAAGAAAUGUGUGAACAGCCCACGUGGAUGGUGCACUUCCAGUAUACCUCUUCAUUUAUGGCAUUCUGCAGUUUGGAGACCUCUUGAAAUAUGAUUUAUAUCUUUGGGAUAAGUAGUGUCUUUGGGUUUGAUUCUUGCCUAUGGAUUUCUUUGAAUUCCUUUAAGUGUUGUUUUUAACCCAUUUAUAGUCUUGGCAUCUAUAAAAUCCUGCAGCAACAAGUUCUAUAAUUUGAUACUUUGUGUAAAAGGUCUCUUUUGUCUUAUAAACUGCUAAGAUACUAGUUAUAUGUCCCAUACUUUUUCUGAUAAGAAAAGCAGUUCCAAGGCAUGACUGCACAUUGUUUCCUCCACACCCCUGAGAACUUCAUCUGCCUCUAGAAAUAUGAACGUCAUGAUUUUAUCCUUCAUACUUCUCCUUGGCUGCCUCUUUUCCAAGCUGAAGAUCCUAGUCAAUUUGAUCUCUCCUUAGACCGCAACCUUUACAUGCUUGACACCAUCGGUUGCACUUUCUUGAACCUUUUCUACUGUUACUUCUUCUUUUGCUUUGAGGUGCAGCAAAGCAUAGGUUCUAAUUAGUGUCAUUUGUUAAUAAGUUGUGUGACCAUGUAAGCAUCUGUAUUCCCAUGACUGCUGAAAUCAGUUUGUCAUCGAUAUCAUUCCUAACAGCGACUCUCAGGUGCUAAACGUGACUAUUGUUAGUUUGUGUAUCAUGCAUUAUAUGGAAGGGGAAAACAUGUGCUUGGAUAAAGUUGCCAACAUGUAUUUAUCCCAUGCAUUCUAAUCUGUCUGCUUAAAUUGUCUAGUUCAUGUGGGUGCUGGAGAUAGUACAUUCCAGAAGAAUAUGUAAUUUGAUCUUGGCAUAGCCUGUACAGAUUUUAGCUCUAUCCAGCAUAUGACUUGACAUUGCUGGACUGAGCAGCUACUCAUCAGCAAGAUGAGUAAGAUGCCUUCUCUCUCUGCCAUAGUGGUGUGCCUACCUCAUCCACUUGCUGCAGCCAUCCCAAACUACAGCCUAGAGCUUUUCAUUGCAAGAAUACUCUUGUUUUUAACCUAAUCUUUUAUUUCCCAAGGUCUCUGGCCUUCUUCAUAUUUUCCUUCUUCAUUCCAAGAAGAGGAGAUGCUAGAAGAUAAAGAUAAUAAUGUCUUUUAGAGGAUGAGUCCUUUACAUUUGGUCCUUCAUGUUGACAGUUAGGGCAAAAGUUAGGGGUCUCUGCCUUUGGUUCCCAGAGCUGUAAGCUGGAGACUCAGCAUCUUGCUGUCCUGGGUCCCAAGGAAGGCUCCUUGCAGCCUCUGAAGGACUUCUUCACAUUGAUGUGCUUUGCAUCACUGUUCCAUCUUUGUUCCUGCUUUUACUUAGAAAAAAUGAGUGACUGUAAAAAACAUUAUUAUUGCAUUAAAGUUAGAUAGGGCUCAUUUUCUCUCAGCAAAGAAUAAAAUUCUGAGGCCGAAACUCAGGAAUUUUGUGGUGCUUCCAGGGUCAGCUGCUAAUCUCUGACGACUUUUUUUGUUUGUUUUGGUAAUGAAACAUGCUAAAUAAAACCAGAUCAGUAAGGCUGUAUAAAUCAUGCAGAUAGUUAAUGAAACUUGGCAAAAAAAAUAAAGAAAGUAAAAGAAAAAAGAGGCUUAAUCACAUAACAGGGUUUGGGUGGAGAGGGCAAACAGCUGGAUGUAACAAGACAAGACAAGGGAUUGUAGGAACAAUGCAUGAAGACAGGUAGAAUGUGAAAAAUAUAUGUGCAAGCUCCGGUGAAUUAUUGGCACAUUGUAGGGUGUAAUGCUUGAUCUAACAAACCGAAAAAAAAAAGAAGGUUUAAGUAUAUAUUGCUUUACUUUAUACUUUGUCUCCUAAAAUUCACUGGGUUUAAAUUCCAGAUCAGCUUGAGGCUUACCAAAUGUAAUGUGAGUUUAUGAAAGGAGUUUGACUACUGUAACUUUGCCUUCUAUAGUUGUCUUUUAGUUUUAUGAAGAAAAGUCUUCUUUUCGUUUGUCUUUAUUUCAGGAAUGGAAUGAUGAAAUACAACACAGUCUUGCAGACACGGAAAAUAUAACA